AGCGGAAGUGACACCAUCCGAAGCAGGAGGGCGGUUCCGGCAAGCCAAGGGGGCGUUGUCGGGAUGGUUCCGCGGCCGGCGGGUCCCUGCGAGCGCCUCUGAGGGCAGCUGCUGCAGGUGAAGAGUAGGCGGCGGGGCAGAGAGCGGCCUCCGAGGGUCACUUGAAUGGUUGAGCAUGGACCCUGUUGCUACCCACAGCUGCCAUCUCCUCCAGCAACUGCAUGAGCAGCGAAUCCAAGGCCUGCUUUGUGACUGUAUGUUGGUGGUAAAAGGAGUCUGCUUUAAAGCACACAAGAAUGUCCUGGCAGCAUUCAGCCAGUAUUUUAGGAGCCUCUUUCAGAAUUCUUCAAGCCAGAAGAGUGAUGUUUUUCACUUGGAUGUUAAAAACGUCAGUGGCAUAGGGCAGAUCCUGGACUUCAUGUACACUUCUCAUCUAGAUCUUAACCAGGACAAUAUACAAGUGAUGCUGGACACAGCACAGUGUUUGCAAGUUCAAAAUGUUCUGAGUCUGUGUCACACAUUUUUAAAAUCAGCCACUGUAGUACAGCCACCUGGCAUGCCUUGUAGUAGUACAUUGUCUCUGCCAAGCACCCUGACCCCAGAUGCCACUUGUGUUAUCAAUGAAAACAACUACCCCCCUCAUUUACUGCAGGAAUGUUCGGCAGAUGCACAGCGUAAUAAAGUGCUGGAUGAAUCGCAUCCGCAUGCUUCACCAUCAGUUAAUCGUCAUCACUCCACAGGUGAAGUCUCAAAACAAGCCCCUGAUACUUCAGACAGCAGCUGCACACAACUGCCUUUCAAACAGCCAAAUUACUAUUACAAACUCAGAAACUUUUACAGUAAGCAGUACCAUAAACACGCAGCUGGUCCCAGUCAGGAGCGAGUUGUUGAGCAGCCUUUUGCUUUCAGCACCUCCACAGACCUUACCACGGUAGACAGCCAGCCUUGUGCUGUCAGUCAUUCCGAAUGCACCCUGGAGUCUCCUGAGCACUUACCUUCCAACUUCCUGGCCCAGCCUGUGAAUGACUCUGCCCCACACCCUGAGUCAGACGCCACGUGCCAACAACCUGCCAAGCAGAUGAGGCUCAAAAAGGCCAUUCAUCUGAAAAAACUCAAUUUCCUAAAGUCACAGAAAUCCGCAGAGCAAAUAUCUGAACCCAAGUCAGAUGAUGGUUUGACAAAGAGGAUGGAAUCUGCUAGUGAAAAUACCCUAGAGAAAGCUAGCAGCCAAAGUGCUGAAGAAAAAGAAAGUGAAGAAGUCGUCCGUUGUGAGAAUUUUAAUUGCCUUAGUGAGACGGAGAGGCACGAAGACCCAGCUGCACUGGAAGACCAGUCCCAGACACUUCAGUCCCAGAAACAAUAUGCGUGUGAAUUAUGCAGGAAACCUUUUAAACACCCAAGCAACUUGGAGCUUCACAAACGGUCUCAUACAGGUGAGAAACCUUUUGAAUGUAACAUUUGUGGGAAACAUUUCUCUCAGGCAGGUAACUUGCAGACGCACUUACGACGGCAUUCUGGUGAAAAACCAUACAUCUGCGAGAUCUGUGGAAAGAGGUUUGCAGCCUCUGGCGACGUCCAACGUCACAUUAUUAUUCACUCAGGAGAAAAACCACACUUGUGUGACAUCUGUGGUCGAGGGUUUAGUAACUUCAGUAAUUUGAAGGAGCACAAAAAGACACACACGGCUGAUAAAGUCUUCACCUGUGAUGAGUGUGGAAAGUCUUUUAAUAUGCAAAGGAAGUUAGUAAAGCACAGAAUUCGGCACACGGGGGAGCGGCCUUACAGCUGCUCUGCCUGCGGGCACCUGACUGCUCCGAUGAGGACACGGAGACUCAGGGUCAGGUCGCUCAUGACCUGUGAUUACAGCGUUGGAGCCAGGAUUCCUAUACACAUGGCCUCGAAAGACGGAGUGUGUGUACCCGUGACAGGGAAAUGUUUUGGGGGUUCAGGUGACCUCCGCAGGCAUGUCCGCACUCACACUGGGGAGAAGCCGUACACGUGUGAGAUCUGUAACAAGUGCUUUACCCGCUCCGCAGUGCUCCGGCGGCACAAGAAGAUGCACUGCAAAGCUGGUGAUGAGAGCCCAGACGUGCUGGAGGAGCUCAGCCAAGCUAUCGAGACCUCCGACCUCGAGAAAUCUCAGAGCUCAGACUCUUUCUCCCAAGACACGUCCGUGACGUUGAUGCCAGUGUCCGUUAAACUCCCCGUCCACCCAGUGGAAAAUUCUGUGGCGGAAUUUGAUAGCCACUCUGGCGGCUCCUAUUGUAAGUUACGGUCCAUGAUCCAACCUCAUGGAAUUAGUGACCAGGAGAAGCUGAGUUUGGAUCCUGGUAAACUUGCCAAGCCCCAGAUGCAGCAGACACAGCCUCAGACCUAUGCUUACUCGGAUGUGGACACCCCAGCCAGUGGCGAGCCGCUGCAGGCCGAUGGCAUGGCCAUGAUCCGCUCCUCUCUGGCUGCUUUGGACAACCACUGCGGUGACCCCCUGGGCAGUCGAGCAUCUUCCACCGCUUAUAGGAACUCAGAGGGCCAGUUUUUCUCCGGCAUGACUCUCUGGGGGCUAGCGAUGAAGACGCUGCAGAAUGAAAACGAGUUAGACCAGUGAUGUACCGUGCUUCUCCACAGUAGAGCAGGCUCGACGGCCUCCACGGGAAGGAGAUGUGCCCGUGGUGCUGUCGCUAGAAUAUCAAGGUGAGACUGUGGAUGUGGCACGUCACAGUGAUCUUCUUAUAGCACCGCCUGCACGGAGGACUGUGGAGAGCACCCUUGAAUACUCAUGAGCAGCUCUAACUCAGAAGUACAAGAUAAACGAGAGACCAGUGAAGAGGAGAGGAUUUUCAUAGAAAAACAGCACAGUUGCAGAGUAGGGCAUCAGCUCUGAAGUCCAUUACAGGUGCAUUUCCUGGUUUCCCAACCAUCAGCUGCACUGCGCUCCUGCCAGGCUGGCUCAGCGAGCAUCUGUUGUCCCCGUUGCACACAUGGAGUGAACUUGGAACACAGUGGCCGCACGUGAAUGCAGAUCUUCCUCCUUCCUCCCCGUGUCCUCUCCUCUCGUGGCCUCCUCUGGCUCCUCCCUCAUCCCAACUCCUGUAGCUCUUCAGCCUCACAGCACCUACAGCCCAUCCAUCCCCUUGGCUGUCCCUGUGGACCCUCGGCCAUGGUUCACCUGCCAACCCCUUUAUCCAUUUCACCUGGUGAACCUCUAGUGCUACACAGAGGUAGCCCAGCCAGGCUGGUGAGCAACAGCCAUUCUUCAGUUUCUACAGCUCUCCUGAGCCCCCACCCUAUCCUAUAAUCCCCUCUCCUUGAUCCAGGCCACGUGCUACCCUAGACACUUGUGUCACAUCUUCUCAGACCUCUGCAGCUCGCCUGUCGUGCUUAUGGCCUUGCUUCCUAUUUCUCUCAGAACCUAGAAACAAAUAGGGACCAGGCAUGGUGGCUCACGCCUGUAAUCCCAACAGGUUGGGAGGCUGAGGCAGGUGGGUCACUUGAGCUCAGGAGUUUGAGACUAGCCUGACCAA